GGCUGUUUCCAGCUGGUCAACCACGGCAUCAGCCUGGGACUGAUAGGCGACAUGCAGCACGAGGCACGCCGCUUCUUCAAGCUGCCCCUCGAGCAGAAGCUCCAGGUGAAGCGCACCACGCAGAACCCCAACGGAUUUUUCAACGACGAGUUCACCAAGAGGAUACUCGACAUCAAGCAGGGAUUUGACUUCUGCUACGAGCCUGCUACUACGUCUGCCGCCGCCUCGCUGCCACCAGCGCACGCCCCCGUGCUCUCCUCCCCCAACCAGUGGCCCGAGGGCGAGGAGGAGUUCCGGUCUGUGCUGAGCGCCUACUUUUCCGAGAUGUCCCGCGUCAGCUUCAAGCUGCUGCAGGCAUUCAGCCUGGGGCUGGGCCUGCCGCCAGACGCCAUGCACCACCUGUUCCAGGACGACCAUUCCUCCUUCAUGCGCCUCAACUGGUACCCCGCCACCCCACCCAGCCAGCAGGGCCUGGGGCUCAACCACCACACAGGCGGGCGCCCCCCUGUGCUGCGCCCGCUGCACUGCGCCCGCUGCCAGUGGAAUAGCGUCACUCCCGCGCCCGACGCACUCACCAUCAACGUGGGUGAUCAGUGCCAGGUGCUGACAAACGACCUGCUGAAGGCCCCCGUGCACCGCGUGCUGUCUCCUCACAGCCAGGCCCGCCUGUCGGCUCCCUUCUUCUUCAACCCACGCCUGGAGGCGAUCAUCGAGCCGCUGGCGCCCUUUGUGACCCCCGACACGCCCGCCGUGUACAAGCCCAUCCCCUGGAGCCACUUC